UCUUAACUACAUUAAGACCAAGUUUCUCUCAGUCUUCUUGACUCUUGAGAGACCAGAGAGAAAAGCUGUGCUCUCAGACAUGGCGAUCACUGUCAUGAUACUUCUUCUCAUCCCUUUAUCCGUAACCACAGCAACAACGGAGACCUCUAUUUACAUCAUCCACAUGGACUUAUCCGCCAAACCGGCACCUUUUACCGAUCACCAGAGUUGGUUUUCCACGACUCUCACUUCGGUUACCACCGGAAGAAAACCAAAGAUUCUCUACGCUUAUACGGAUUCGGUUCACGGGUUUAGCGCGGUUCUCACCAACUCCGAGCUCAAACGUCUUCAACACAAAUCCGGGUAUGUCUCUUUCACCAAAGAUUUACCGGUUAAGCUCCAUACCACUUUCUCUCCACAAUUCAUCGGUCUUGCUUCAAAUUCCGGUACAUGGCCGGUCUCGAGUUAUGGAGCCGGUACGGUUAUUGGUAUAGUCGAUACCGGAAUCUGGCCGGACCACCCCAGCUUUCAUGACGAUGGGCUUGGUUCGGUCCCCUCUACAUGGAAAGGCAAAUGUGAAUUCAAUUACUCUUCCUUGUGCAACAAGAAACUAAUCGGAGCUAGGGUUUUCAACAAGGGCUUGUUCGCCAACAACCCUAACUUGAGAGGUACCAAGAAGGAUCAAUACUCUUCACCUUACGAUACAAUCGGACACGGCACUCAUGUUGCGGCCAUUGCGGCUGGGAAUCACGUCAAAAACGCGUCUUACUUCUCUUACGCGCAAGGAACCGCUUCAGGAAUCGCGCCGCACGCACACAUAGCGAUGUAUAAAGCUGCUUGGGAGGAAGGCGUCUACUCGUCAGACGUGAUCGCAGCGAUUGAUCAAGCGGUUCGAGAUGGAGUCGAUGUGAUAUCUUUAUCACUGGGACUAAGCAUUGAUGAGGACGACGAUGUGGGUCUAGAAAACGAUCCAAUCGCAGUCGCAGCGUUUGCAGCGGUUCAAAAAGGCGUUUUCGUUGUUGCGUCUGGUGGUAACGACGGGCCGUAUUACUGGAGUUUGAUUAACGGAGCGCCGUGGGUUAUGACGGUUGGAGCGGGGACAAUCAGUCGCGAGUUUCGAGGGAUCUUAACGUUGGGAAACGGAGUUAGUUUCAGUUUUCCGUCUCUGUUUCCCGGAGAGUUCCCGUCGGUUCAGUUUCCGGUAACGUACGUCGAGUCUUGCGAUGCAGGAAACAAGACUCUAAUGAGCAGGAUCAUUGUCUGUAACGGAAACAUUCAACAAGCCAGAUCCACUGGAGCUACUGCAGUGGUAAUAAUAACAGAUAGGUUACUUGCGGAGCAAGACACAGUCAAGUUCCAGUUUCCGGUAGCAUUCAUCAGCUCCAAACACCGAGAAGCUAUCAAAAGCUACGCAUCAGGAUACAACAACAACGCCACCGCGAAGCUGGAGUUUCGCAAAACGGUGAUCGGGACAAAACCAGCACCUGAGGUAGACAGUUACAGCUCGAGAGGUCCGUUCGCAAGCUUCCCUCAGAUCCUCAAACCGGACAUUUUAGCUCCUGGGACACUCGUACUCUCAGCUUGGCCACCGGCUAAACCAGUGGCGGGUACUAGAGCGCGACCGUUGUUCAGCGGAUUCAAUCUCUUAACCGGGACAUCAAUGGCUUCACCUCAUGUAGCUGGAGUCGCUGCGCUUAUAAAGCAAGUCCAUCAAGACUGGAGUCCCUCGGCUAUAAAAUCAGCAAUUAUGACAACGGCUUUGACUUUAAGCAACCCUUUAGCCGUUGGAGCAGGACACGUGCGUGCGGACAGAGUCCUGAGCCCUGGCUUAAUCUAUGACACAUCCCCACAAGAUUUUAUUAACUUCCUUUGUCACGAGGUUAAACAGUCCGGGAAAUUGAUUAAUAUCAUCACGAGAUCAAAUGUAUCCGACGCGUGCAGACACCCAUCUCCAUAUCUCAAUUACCCUUCGAUCAUUGCAUACUUCACUUCAGAUCAAAACGGUCCUAAGAUCGUUAGAAGAACGUUGACAAAUGUGGGGGAAGCAAAGAGAAGCUAUAGCGUGAGAGUGAGAGGGUUGAAAGGUAUAAACGUUGUCAUAGAGCCAAAGAGAGUAAUGUUCAGCAAGAAAAACGAGAAGCAAAGCUACACUGUGAGGUUGGAGAGUCAGAGAGCGUUGCGAGGGGACGUGGUUUAUGGAGUUGUGAGUUGGGUUGAUGACGAAGACGCUAAGUUUGAAGUAAGCUGUCCUGUGGUGGCCACGAGCCUUGUCCAAGAGUCUUAAUAUACUUAUUUUACAAGUAAAUUUUGAAGACUAGGGAUAAUGAAAACAAAUCUGGUAUUUCCAUAUACUGAAUAUAAUCAAAACCAUAGCUCAAGAAUACAAGAACUGGUAUAUAUAUUGACAAACAGUUUACCAAUAAAUUAAUCUUUGAAUAGCUGGAUGAACAUUAAAAAAAAAAAGAAGCUCUAGCCUUUCACUGCAACUCUGUUUUUUAAGCACAACCGUUACCAUACACGGGUGGGUGACCCAGUUACUGGUGACAGACCAAUCAAGGAUUAAAUCAGUCGCCAGACUCGCAAUCCUCUCCUCCGGCGAAUCGAAAGGUUGAUACUGCGUUCCUGAAUCGGAAGAAGCAGAAACCCUAUCGUAGAAUUCGAAUGGGCAUCUCGGACACGUCCUCUGUUUUCACCUGAACAUCGAUUUCUUUACUUUCUAUCACCAAUGUCGUCGUGAUCAAGAUCGACGGCUACGACGAAUGGAUGGUUUAGAAGCAUCUGAGCGGUCCAUCUCUUUUUUAUUUUUUUUAUUCAACAUCAACUUUUUUUCAUUGACCAAUUCAAUGUCUUACAAUUGGUUUAGAAAAAUUUACACUCACAGACACAUUUUGACUUUACAAUAUCACAAUAAGACACAUUCCACUUGCAACACACAUUCUACUUGUGUAAUGUCCAUGAUACCCUCUUAACCAGCACCUCAUUCUCGCUAUCUUUUUACUUUUUUGUGCUUUAGUUUUUUUUUUUUUUUAAUUUGCUGAUUUAAAGAAAACAAAGAAAGUCACUUUCCCAAAUUCCCAGUUCACGAACCCUAAUCUUAUUUGUUAGAUUUUCUAUGGUUGCAAUUCAUUGUCAUUUUCUCACCCUAAUCCAUUUCAGUCCCUCACUCCGUAAAUCAUUCGCGAAUCAAAAUCAUUUUCUUCUCCACAUUUAUCUGUUUCGUAGCGGUAGUCUCUGAGCCACCGGCCCACCGUCGAACAAAGCCCCCACACCUGCUCCCGUGAGCAACAGAUUUCUAAAUGCAAGAUAUUGUGGAUGUGCUGGAGCUAUCACAGCACCAAGAUGUCUCGUGAAACUACACAAAGAAGAAAGUUUUGAAUGGAAGAUUUUAAUGAGAGCAAGAAAGAGUAAAGAUAAGUUUACGCCGUGGAAGAAGUUAGAUGGUAACGAGUUCGGUAUACAAAACUCCAUGAAUCUACACGUAUGGUUCCCAAUAAGCUCAGGAAAAGAGGUACCUCUUAGUUUUUCCCAGGCUUUGACUUAGGCUUCUGGUUAGCUUAUGUAGUGUGUCUAAACAAUUUUUAUUAGCGUACGUUAGAAAGCUUAUGUUUUUGUAAUUGUUAGUCGAAUAUGGACCUGGCAAAUCUCUUUAGAUUGCUUUUUCCAGUUUUUUUCUGUUUGAUGGAGAAAGAAAUAUGAUAUCCAUGUCCAUAGUUUUUGUGUCCAUGUCCAUAAUUAUAUUAUAACUAUAUUAUCCACAAUAAGGUAUCAAUAUGGUAUGCAUAAAGUACUUGUCCACAGAUACUAAAAAAUUAUGUAAGAUGAUUAAGAAUAUAAAAACUUGUCCAAGAAAACACAUCAAUGAAACUUAGUUCAUGAAACCUCAUCCACGAAAAUUGUAAAGAGAUUUUCUAUAUUUUUUAUCCAUCCAUGUCCACAUCUUUUUAUGUUCACGUAUUUUUCUUACAUGUUCACAAUUUUGCAUCCACACUUCUUAUGUCCAUACAUUUUUUUAUAUAAUUGUUGAAAUAUAUAAAAUAUAUAUAUGAAAAUGGAUGUUAAAAUAUAGAGAAAAACAAAUUACAAUUUAUUGUAAUAACUAUACUUUCUUCAAAUGUCUUAAACUCUGAGAAAAAAACAAAUAAAAACAUAAGAACUUUGCAAAAAGAACAAAGAAAAAGUUGAGAAAAAAUAAAUAAAAUAAAAAAAUGCAGCCAUCCUCUAGUUUCUCUGAACCAAACGUGAAGGGUACUGUUGUAAAACCACAAGGGGUGGAAGAGGACAAUGUGUCUCUCAAGUGGAAAGUGCUUUAUCUUGUAAAAAAAGAGAAUAAUGUGUCUGAUGAUGUAACGCACUCUUUACUUUGUAGAUUACGAGCUAAAAGUUGUUGAAAUCAGGUGAUAUUGAUACUUGUAAAUACAUAAGAUCGGAACAAGAAAUUAAAAGAGAAACAUAAAAUAUUACUAAAAGACUAAUUUCUUUUUGAUGAUAUUAAUACUCGUGAAUAUAUUCGAUAUCUAUCUAUCUAUAUAAAAAUAUGUUCACCUCACUCUUGCUUUGCCACGUAAUAAAGUUGGUUCCUGACAGGCCGACACGUGUCCACGUUCGAUUAUACUCACCGUUUCACUUAAUCACAAUUAUUAAUGAGCUUUUCUCUUUUUGUUAAUAAAUAUUUCAGAUCAGUGUUUUGGGCUUUAACAUAAUUGGGUUUUUGGGCUGUAGGGUAACACAUGAGGGAGUCCCACAUGAGACGGCUUAUUCUUCAAAAAUAAUAUCGACGAAUGAAAGACAGAUCUGCUGCGUUUUAACAACUCCGGUUCAAACCUACGGGCAAUGAAGAUUUGCUGCACCGGCCAUGCUGAAUUCCGAUCAAGGUCAGUUGGAAGGCAUCGUAUUUGGCUGUUUGAUUCCGCUUCUUCUACCCUUGGUUGAAUUUUGGAACCGUUAUGGAAGUUGGUUGGAUUCAUGCAACCUCAUUGACUAUCACAUUAAAUCAUUCAAUGAACCCCCUCAUUAAAUUUUUUUAACUCAAAUAUAACUAAUCUUAACAUAAAUAAUCCUUCGACACCCUAAAAUUCUCAAAACCCAUAAACAUUAUUAUAUACUUCUCUUAACAAAAUUUUACAAAACAUACAUACAAAGAGAAUAUACAAUUACAUCACAAAAAAAAAGAAUGAAUUACUUUAGGAAUAACUUCAAGUUUUGAAUCAUAUUCGCAAAAAAAACCCUUAAAUAAGUUAGUUUAAAAGAAUAUUAUAAAACAUAACAUUUGAAUUAAAAUAAAUAUUAAAAAUAUAAUGUUAUUUAUCAGAGAAUAGUGAAAUUUACUGUCAUUAUAAUUCAAAACAAAAAAUAAUAAUUAUAAUGAUCUCAUAAGUCUUUCAUUAUUUUUUUUGUUUAUAAUAUUUUUUAAUCUAUCAUAAUUUUAAAUUACUUCAUAAAUUAUUAUAAAAUCACUUUUAUUAUAACUUCCCGUCCGUAGGGCGGGCCGGCCCUAGUGAACAAUAAAAAAUUGUACGAAAAGACAUCAAAAACAACAACAACAACAACCAUCUUCAGUAUAACAAAAAAAAUUGGACAAUAUUUGAAAAUUUUGAAGGUUUCGGAUCAAACUUAUCUCACUAUUAGUGUUGUUGUAAUAUUUAUAUUUGUGUAAUAGUUAUGUUUUAAAUUAGUGUUGUUAAGUUUAUUUUGUAUAUUAUUGUUGUCUAUAUCUAAUUUUAAAUAUUUAAAAUCUUAUUUUAAAGUUAUAUUUAAUUUUAUGUAUAAAAUUUAAAAUCUGUAAACAAAAAUUAAUAUAUAUAUAUAUAUAUAUAUAUAUGAAUCAUAAAGAUAAUGUGUGAUUGUAGGGACCAAAAUGCAAAUAAAAAUAUGAAACUUCAAAUUUGAAGUUUUGAGUAGUGAAACUUUAAAUAUAAAGUUUUACUUUUUAAUUUGAAGUUUUGAAGUUACUUUUUGGAGAGCAAAAAACUUUAUAUUUGAAGUUAUAGAGUGUCUUUCGGAGAUGUUCGUUGGAUAGUGGUCCAUCUCUUCUUGGGAUCUUUAACCAAGCACUUUGACAAAAAGUCUCUUCCUUGUUCCGGGAGCUCUUCCCCGACACCGAUGCGUAUCAACAACGACAUGAAGUGCGAUCCUUCCUUAAAACUCCACGCCGUUUUUAAAAUAUUUCCUAAAAUGGUUUAGCUAAUUAUGACAUCGAUUGGUAGAGCAUUAACAUUAGCAUUAUGCUCUACAUUAUCCAAUCAACAAUUGUUAGAAAAACAUUUACUAAAUGCUAAUGCACUCCAAAUGCUCUCUAAUCGAUGCUCUCAUAUGAGAGCAUUUGCAUUUAUAAUUUAUAAAAUUAAGGAAAAUAUAUAAUUAAUUCAUUUAUUUUAUUUAAUAGUAUAUAAUUAAUUUAUUUAUUUUAUUUAAUAAUAUCCUAAAUAAGUAAUCAGGGGUUAGAAGCAACCAGCCGUCUUGGUUCACUGAGUCUAUAACCACAAUCACAUUCCCAAACCCAUAAAUCUGAAGACCAUUGUCCGUUCUAUUCGGUUUAGGUUUGAAAAGCAAAUACUUCCAAGACUUCUUUCAAACUCAGCACCUCAUUGCUAUCCAUCUGAGCCUUAGCCUUAGCUCGAGCUGGCUCAAAGUGUGUCUGCUCUUGUGCCCUUGCCCUUGGCUGAGAUACUUCAACUCCUUCAAUAUAUUCCACCAACAUUACUAAAACACGUUUCAACUGGUUUUAGGAUCCUCUCGUUUGCGGGAAUAACACUUUCGAAUCAUAAAAUACAUUUAUGGAGGAUCUCUUCAAACUGAGGUUUGGAGCGCAACCAAUGGUACAACACAUCCAGUCAGUUGGGGAAGAAGAACCUCUCCAUCAAAUCAGCCAUUACAUGCAUUGGUAUUGCAGAUGCCCACUUCAUAACAACACUGAACUGGUCUAAAUUAUGGUUUGCUGGGUUUAUCUGAAGCUUUUUGCAAUGGCCAGCUGAAGUUUGGGAACUAUGUAACGUCGCAUAAGUUGUUCCCAGCCUUGUAGCAAAGAAAACCGUCUUCUAUGGAGAUAUAAUAGCAUACGCAAAUGGAUCAUUAUUAUUCACUAGGAUGCCAAGCAUAGAACAUUACUCAAUUUCUUGGGACCCACGAAGGGAACUCGUUGCGAAAAGCAGGAUUAAGAAUGCUUCGAUAUGUUUGGACCAUUCAGCCUAACACGUAAACAAAUGUAGUUUUGUUCAUAUAAUCAUAUUGCACUACUAUAGGCAUUCCCCGUUUCUAUUACUAUUUUUAUUUUUUAGAAUUGACAAUUGUGAUGAUUAUCUGUAAAACUUUGCUUCCUUUAAGAUAUUUAUCUAAUUUCAAGUUUUUUUCUU